AUGGCGGCGUGCAGCAAAUCGCCCUUGCGUUUGUUUCUAUCUACUAAAACAUCGCGUGUAAUUUGCAGUCGACAUGUUCAGGUUAAUAGAGAAGCCGCAAAGUCUCUGUAUCCCCCGAUCUUACCCUCCCGCACAGCUAAGAGUAAAUCAGCUAAGCGCCGGGUCUUACUGGAGUCCUUUGAGCGCUUGCGCACUGUGGAGCCGCAGGAGAAGAUUCGAGCUCUGACCCGCGUCCAGCGCAUGAAAUACGUGGUUUAUCCACAAACCUUUGCUCUGGGAGCGGAUAAAUGGUACCAGCACUUCACCAAGACCGCGUACUUACCCGGACUGCCUCAGAAAUUCAGUUCAGGAGCUGAUGGGACAGGAGAGGUAGCAGUUAUAGAGGAAUCAGUGCUAUCAGAAGUGCGCUCCGCAGUGAGGAACUCUCUGCUGCAGGAGUUCUGGUACAUGAAGAAAGGUAGAACAUUCGCCCAAAAAGAACAGAGACACUUUGUUACCCCCUUUCUCAAGAACCUGGUGUCAUCCCUGGUCAAUUCACUGGCCAACAAGAAUCCUGUGCUCCGCCAGUCAAGCCUAGAUUUGGCCCCAUAUGUCAACUUUUACUGGAUAAAUGGAGAGAGGACUAUUCAGAGAGGACACAGACGGGGUAGAGUGGAGCCCAAGAGAUUUCAAAUUGAUGACAGACCUCACAGUCAAAUACGAAUCCCACAUCAAUUACCUGAGUUUGUGCCACUUGAGGCAGAGAUAACUGCUGAGGUGCCAGUAAUCAAGUUUGCUCCAGACCUUCUUCCCUUGUUUCGAAGACAGUAUGACAACAACAUCUUUACAGGUGCUAAACUGCAAGACCCAUGCUGCUACGGACACACACAGUUUCAUGUGGUUCCUGAUAGGUUCCGGAGGGACAAACUGAACAAGAAAAACCUCACAGAUCAAGUUGAGGUGUUUUUGAGAGCCAAUGCUAUUGCAAGUCUUUUUGCAUGGACUGGAGCACAGGCCAUGUAUCAGGGUUUUUGGAGCGAACAAGAAGUGAGCAGGCCAUUCGUGUCCCAGGCCAUCAUCACAGACGGCCAGUACUUCUCUUUCUUCUGCUACCAGCUCAACACUCUGGCUCUGAGCUCCUUCUCUGUUCCCAACAAUUCAAGAAAGAACCUGUGCUGGGGCACUGAGAGUCUGCGCCUUUAUGAGAAAGUGACGGACGGAGAAGUGCUGGGCUGGGAUGAUAACGUGCUGAAGCUGCUUCUGCAGUUUAUGUUAAAUAAGCCAUGAAUUUAUCCGAGUCAUGUUUGAAAAAGUCCUGAAAUGUUUUCUAGUAUGAAUCAAUAAAUAUAAUUUAUGCCACCAGA